GGCUGUUCUCGGUGCUUCAUACUUGCCUGAGUGAAUUCCAGCCCUCUGGCUCUCUAUUCAGUCAUAGUUGUUUGUCUGUUUUCUGCGGAACUCCGUGCCUGCACCCUCUUGUGAGCUAGUUUGACAGCCUCAAGGCCCUCAAUUGAACGUCCCCUUCUCCACCCUCUUCCCGUGCCCCUCAUCGAGUCAUCGCGGGUUGACCACAACCACAUCACAACCACCACCGCAACCAAAAAACAUGGCUUCCUACAUGAACGCCAGUGAGGCGCUGACCCAGCAACAACUCGCGCAGAAUGCAGAGCAACCUGCUGCCCAGUCUUCAUGGGCAAACAAGUACCGCGGGGCUACGGUAGAGGAUUUGGACCCCAACCCGGCCUUGUCCGUCUCGCCCCACGAUCCGAUUUCGACCGCCAUGAUCGCCGCUUACGAACGUGAUUACACACACCUGACGGUUACUUCCUCGACGAAACGGUCCCUGGUGGGGUACCUGAGCAUUCCACGACUUAAGGAGCUGCUCAAGGAGGGCACCGUGAAGGAAGCCGACCCGGUCUCUGCGGCGAUGCAGCGAUUCAACCGCAAGCGAGGCACAUAUCAGGUGAUCACAAUGGAGACGCCGCUGGAGGAGCUGGAGCAAUUCUUCGAGAGUGAAACGGGCCCCAACGGGGAGCCCCGGGCCAAGCAGGAUUUCGCCGUGGUCACCGAUGUCUCGCGCAAAUUCGUGCUGGGAGUCGCAACCAAGGCUGAUCUGGGAGAGUUUGUGAAGCGGAGACCGGCUUAAAUGGCUACAGCGACGGAUAUAUUCUGCGGCUUCUGAUACUUUGCAUUAUAAUGGAAUGCUUGCCUUUGUGAAUUGUUGGCAAUGCAUUUCCGGGCGCAGCCAUUCAACAUGAACUGAACAUAUCAUCCCCGGCGGACUACGCAUUGGACCCAUACUUCAGCGCAGGUGUCAGCUUGUUGACACCUGUCACAUGCCUAUCUACCUUGAUAUAUGUCUUUGACGGAAUGUAUUCAAAGUCUGCGACAGAUUCGAGCUUACACUGAAUACAUAACCCAUAUAUCGGCCUAAUUCUCAACGGAUAUUUGACAAGCACGUAGCAUGAAAAGCGGUCCAUGAACGCCAUAAGUGAAAUACAGGUAUCGAAAGCAAGUGG